UCGCCUAGCGGCUCUUUACUCAAGCUGUCCUUGGCCUGUUCACCCAGUCUCCCGACAGCUCUGAGCAGGAGCAGAUCCAGAAGCUCACUCCCUCCCUCUACGCCCGAUUCAGUCGUCUUCUCAAUGUCCUCCCUCGAGGUGUUCUUUGCUCUUCUCUGCGUCUGGUUUUGCUGCGCUGAAGCUUCUGUUCAUAGUUACAAUGGAGAGAAGUUCGGGCGCAAGGGCAACGCGUUCGUAGUCCACGGAGGUAGUGAAGGAAUCUACUCUUCUUCUGCUUCCGAUCAGGAGGGCGAGAUCUCUUCUAAGGGGGAUUCGUACAUACGCUUUGAAAAGAUCAAAUUCCGGAGGCCCAAGGAAUAUGCAAACUUCAGUUCAGGGUUGAUUCAAGCCAUUGUUUUUGAGGUAGAUGAUAGAGAAACAAUUGGUGGCUCAGCCUAUGGGGGCCAAAGAGCUGUUUGCUGCACAGCAGAUUUGGCCAAAUUGGGCGUGUGUUCACAAGGAGAAAUCAUUCACCGCCCAUCCCCCAAAAAUCCUGAUUGGCCUCAAGUGUUUGGAGUCUCCUUUGAUGUAGAUAAGCUAGUUGCAACAUUGCAAUCAAAAUCCAUACAGAUUACAAAAGCUGGAAUGUAUAAUUUGUAUUUCAUUCACUGUGAUCCACAUCUUAAGGAGUUGGUAGUAGAGGGGAAAACUAUAUGGAAAAAUCCUACUGGUUACCUUCCUGGUAGAAUGGCACCACUUAUGAACUUCUAUGGAUUCAUGUCCCUGGCUUUUGUGAUACUCGGAAUAUUUUGGUUCUCUCAGUAUGCUCGAUUUUGGAGAGAGAUUAUUGCAUUGCAGAACUGCAUCACAGUUGUCAUAACAUUGGGCAUGUUAGAGAUGGCACUAUGGUAUUUUGAUUAUGUUGAAUUCAAUAAGACCGGAAUUAGACCAACUGGGACAACUGUAUGGGCAGUCACAUUUGGUUCCAUUAAGCGAACUGUUGCCCGUUUGAUAAUCCUGAUGGUUUCUAUGGGCUAUGGUGUUGUCAGACCUACUUUGGGUGGUCUCACGUCAAAGGUGAUUAUGCUUGGGGCAACCUUCUUUCUGGCAUCUGAAGUGCUUGAACUGGUAGAAAAUGUUGGUGCUGUUAGUGAUCUUUCAGGAAAGGCAAGACUGUUUUUGGUUCUUCCUGUGGCACUCUUGGAUGCUUUCUUCAUUCUUUGGAUAUUUACAUCCCUCUCUGCCACUCUUAAUAAGCUUCAGGCUAAAAGGAUGAUGGCUAAACUAGAUAUUUACAGGAAGUUCACAAAUGCUUUGGCAGUGGCUGUUAUUGUUUCUGUGGGUUGGAUAUGCUACGAGCUUUACUUCAAGUCAAGUGAUGUGUACAAUGAGCAGUGGCAGAAUGCAUGGAUCAUUCCUGCCUUCUGGCAAGUCCUGUCUUUCUCAUUACUAUGCAUCAUCUGUGCUCUUUGGGCACCAUCUCAGAACUCGAUGAGAUACGCAUACUCAGAAGAUGCAAAUGAAGAGUUCGACAGGGAUGACACUUUGACACUUAUAAAACCUUCGAUGGUCGCUUCGAAAGAUGUUGGAAGCCCGGAGGUGAGAGUUGUGCACGGUGGUGACAAUGGCUCAUCAAAUGGUGGUCUGGAAGAAGAGAAGACAGAGUGAAGCUAAAGCCCCAACAAUGGAGUAGACCAAGUUCAAUCAUAAUCACCUCCCCCACUCUCCACCACCACUGUAAGAGUAACAAAUUGCUCCUCUGGAUCACACUUCAAAAUUUUGGGUGGAGCCAUCGUGAUUCAUAGAGCACCAUGACAGGCCCAUUUGGGAAAUGAAAUUAGACACGAGUUGAAUGAGCUACUCAUUUUCUUUUGUUACCUGAUCAGUCUUGUUCAAUUGAUUAUUUGCCAUACUGCAUUCUACGUUAUGCAAAUAAUUUGUGCAGAGAAAACAGGACGACCAACUUGAUCCUACUUUCUCUUAUAAUUAUUUACUUGUAGUCUGUCAAAAUGCACAAUUUAUUUUCAUUUGAGAAUGAACUUUCGUUUACCUUGUUAAA